CACUACGGCAAGUUUCUAUGCUUCGAAUGAGUAAUCCGUUAUUACCAAAAGGAAAAGCACAGACAGGUGUGUUAAACUGUCCCCGUGAAGUUUACAUUUAGGAAACCCUGUAUAAUAAUCGGUUUACAGUUUAAAUCCGUUUAAAAAACAUGAUUUAAUUAAGCAUUUGACCACUUUGAGCAGUAAUUAUAGCAUUUUCUGCCGCAAAACACCCGAUUUUUUUUGUGACAGCUUGAAGUGAAGGAAAUCAGGGUGUUGUUGUCAUUACGCGACACUUGCCAAAUUUUCUUCUACCAUGAAGAGACCCCCAAGUGCUGGAACUGCGUCGAUUUACUCGCAUUCCAUUCACUCCGUGAGAUCUGUGGGGUUGCGGUCUACCCGUUCAGUGCCAGUUCCCUGGUACAAGAAACCCUUAAUUACACAGGAAGUGCUGGGAUAUGAUGUGCAAAAACUGGCACUUUAUAUGGCUUUGUUUUCUCUGAUUGAGAGUUUAUUCACAAUUGGGACUUCAUGCUUUGAUAUCUACUGUUUGAGCGAGGCAACGCCGGGAUCAAAGCACUAUGGCUAUUACUUGAUCUCAUUUGAUUUUGUAUACGUUGGGAAUCAGCAUGUGAGGAAUGCCUUGAUAACCAUAGCUGUAUUUUCCAUGGUGGGUGGAGUAGCUCUCUUUAUCACGACAAUUCAACUUGUCCAAGCCUUAAGAAAGGAACACGAAAGGAGAAUGAUCCCCUGGUUGGUUUGCAUGUUGGUAUUUGCAAUCUGGCGUGGAUUAGCCUUCAUAUUUUUUGCCAUUUUAAACGACAUGAUUUUUGCGUAUAACAUAAUCAUGUGCUUGUUCUGGACCUUUUUCACUAUUAUGAAUUUUGGAGGGUGGGCCGCUGUUUACACGUUGUUCUUGGAAUUAUCCGAUUUAACAAAGUUGGAGGAUUUAGCUCAUCUUAGAAUGGGAACAAUGGCAUCUUUGGCGACCCAAUCCAUCCAGGGAUCCCGUCCAGUCACUCCGCACAGUGUUCAAUCUCUACCUUAUCAUAAUCCAUCCGUUAACAUUUGACAGUAAGAAAAAUAAUCCAGAAUGCCAUCUUAAUAUGACACGUUAAUUCAUUACAUGACAAUUUUUAUGCCAACCAAGUGAAAUAUAGUUUAUGCCGUCCAAGUUCAAUGCUUAUUACACAAUUAAAUAUAUAAAUACUUUAAAGUUAUGGCUUUAUAUCCAGUCAACUUGAGACUUUUAUAUUAUGACUUUGUACCAAAUGUUAGUAUUUAGAGAGUAUUUAAGUAGCCUAGAUUGCAAAUUUUUGCUAAAACUGUUCAGUAAUUUUAUACAUAUACUUGAUGAGAUGGGAAAGAAGAUCUGAGAAUUAUUCCUGCCAUGUCUAUCUUUCCGAUGACGAAUAAUUUCUUGCUGAAAAGCUUUAUUUUAUUUUUUCAAUCCUAAACAGACAUUUUUUUACUUUGUAUAUAAGUAACCCGAUAAGUAUAUAUAAGUUAAGCUAGAUAAGUUAGAUGGCUGGACUCUAAUGCAAUUUUGUACAUAAAUCAUAAAAUUAAUACUUGUAAGAUUUAAAUAAAUUUUGUAUUAUUAAUUCGGAAAUCAAAAUAA